AUGGCGACCAGCCCGCUGCCCGGCCCCACCGAUAUCUUGCUGCCGUCGCCGUCCAGCGCGUACCCGCCGGACCCCAUGAACCAGCCGAGGGCCGGCCACGCCGCCAUGAAGCCCAACCAGGUGGGGCAGGUGAUCCUCUACGGCAUCCCGAUCGUCUCGCUGGUCAUCGACGGGCAGGAGCGGCUGUGCCUGGCGCAGAUCUCCAACACCCUCCUCAAAAACUUCAGCUACAAUGAGAUCCACAACCGGCGGGUGGCCCUGGGCAUCACCUGCGUGCAGUGCACGCCGGUGCAGCUGGAGAUCCUGCGGCGGGCCGGGGCCAUGCCCAUCUCCUCCCGCCGCUGCGGCAUGAUCACCAAGAGGGAGGCAGAGCGGCUCUGCAAGUCCUUCCUGGGGGAGAACCGGCCCCCCAAACUGCCGGAUAACUUCGCCUUCGACGUAUCCCACGAGUGCGCCUGGGGAUGCCGCGGGAGCUUCAUCCCGGCCCGCUACAACAGCUCCCGGGCCAAGUGCAUCAAGUGCAGCUACUGCAGCAUGUACUUCUCGCCCAACAAGUUCAUUUUCCACUCCCACCGCACCCCCGACGCCAAGUACACCCAGCCCGACGCCGCCAACUUCAACUCCUGGCGCCGCCACCUGAAGCUGACCGACAAGAGCCCCCAGGAUGAGCUGGUCUUCGCCUGGGAGGAUGUCAAGGCCAUGUUCAACGGCGGCAGCCGCAAGCGCGCCCUGCCGCCCGCCCCGCCGGCCCCCGCCGCCGCCGCCCCCGCCGCCUGCCACCCUCUGGGCUCGGUGAAGGCGGCGGCGGUGGUGGGCGGCGGGCUGCUGAGCCCGCACCUCCUGGCCGCCCCGCCCGACCUGCACCAGAAGCGGCCGCGCUUCGAGGAGGACGAGGAGCUGCAGGAGGCGGUGGCAGCGGCGCACGGCGGCAAAAGCCCGCGGAGCUACCCCGUCAUCCCGGUGCCCAGCAAGGGCUCCUUCGGCGGCAUGCUCCAGAAGUUCCCCGGCUGCGGCGGGCUCUUCCCGCACCCCUACGGCUUCCCCGCCGCCGCCUUCGGGCUCUGCCACAAGAAGGAGGAGGGCGGCGGCGGUGAUGCCCUCGGCGGGGCGGCCGCGCACAAGGCCGGCGGGGCGGCGGCGGCGGGCGGCGGGCUCUCGGGGCUCUUCUGGCCGGGCAGGAAGGACGCCGCCUUCUACCCUCCCUUCUGCAUGUUCUGGCCGCCGCGCACCCCGGGCGGGCUGCCGGUACCCACCUACCUGCAGCCGCCGCCGCAGCCCCCCGGCGCCCUGGGAUGCUCGCUGGGGGGGGACGGGGCGGGCCUGCUGCGCCAGGCUUUCCUGGACCUGUCGGAGCCCGGCGGCGAGGCGGGGCCGGCGGGGCUGGGCACGGGCCCGGCGGGGCUGGGGACACCGCCCGCCGCCGCUGCCCCCCCGUCCGCGCCCGCCGCCGCCGCCGCCGCCGCCGCCCGGGACCCGCUGUUCGAGUCGCCCCCCGGUGGCAGCGCCGAGCCCGCCUCGCCCGCCGCUUCCGACGGGGGCAGCGGCGGCGGCGGCGGGCGGGUCCCCCCGCACCACCCGCACCUGCUGGAGGCGGCGGGCGGGCGCAAGGCGGGCGGCGGGUACCACCACUCCAGCGCCUUCCGCCCGGUGGGCGGCAAGGAGGACUCGGAGAGCCUGGCCAAGCUGCACGGAGGCGGCGGCCCCCCGCGCUCCGCCUCGCCCCUGCAGCUGCUGCUGCCGCCGCCGCCGCCGCCGCCCCCCGAGGAUGCGGGGUGCGAGAGGCACCCGCAUCCUCCGCACGCCGCGCACCGCCUCCUCUCCCCCGGAGGCACCAGCUGCAGCUUCGCCAGCGAAGAGAGCAGCGAGGAAGAGGAGGACGAGGAGGAGGAAGACGAGCCCGAGGUGGACGUCGAGGGGCACAAGCCCCCCGAGGAGGAGGAAGAGGAUGAGGAGGAGGAGGGCGAGGAAGAGCCCCGCGGCGGAGACCCCUUGGCGGCCGGCGGCCGCUUUCCCCCCGCCCGGGGUCUGCCGGAGAAGGGCGGCCGGGAGCGCCCCGCCGCCGGCCCCUUCCCCCGUCCGGCCGUCGAGGAGAAGCCGGGGGAUGGUCCAGCCCCAGCGCAGCCGCCUGCCGGGGCCCCGCGGGCGGGCAGCGGCGGCAGCAGCCCGGCACAGCACCCGGCGCCCGAGGAGCAGCCCCUCUACAAAGAUAAUCAGAAGAGCAAGGAGGGUAAUCAGGUCAUCUUGCCUACGAAGGAGGACACCUUCUCAGAUAAGAACAAGGAGCAUAAUUUUUUCAUCACAGAUUCAGAGCCUUCAGGAGGAGACUUCUGGAGAGAUAUAGCAGGAGAACACACACAAGAAACCAAUUCACCUCAUUCUCUGAAGAAGGAUGUGGAAAAUAUGGGGAAAGAGGAACUCCAGAAGGUUCUGUUUGAGCAGAUCGACCUACGGAGGAGGCUGGAACAGGAAUUCCAGGUGUUGAAAGGAAACGCGUCUUUCCCAGUCUUCAACAAUUUUCAAGAUCAGAUGAAGCGGGAGCUGGCGUACAGAGAAGAAAUGGUGCAGCAGCUACAAAUCAUUCCCUAUGCAGCAAGCUUGAUCAGGAAAGAAAAGCUCGGUGCACACCUCAGCAAAAGCUAAAGAAGCACAGGAGCUUUUGCAGCUGUUACCUUAUAAGUUAUAACCCAGUCAGAAACCUGACUUGUAUAUAGACUGUGAAAUGGAAG